AGCCACUCGGCAUGCGACACUUGACUCUGCAUUUGACUUGAAAGCUCAAAUUACCGGCCUUGUUUCGGUUGCUCAUCACCUACUCUCGGAAAUCCAUGUUUCGAUUCAAUAAGGGCCGUCUGGUAACAACAUUGCCUCCGAACACACCAGCCACGUUCACAUGGUCACUUCUUUGACCGACCCCAUGAUCCGCGUAAUUAUCCGUAUGGACAUGUCGGCGCCUCACGACGGGGAGACACGAACGUGAUACGGUCUGCAACCUUGUAAACCGAUAGGUGUGCGAGAAAAGUCCGGGUACAUGCAGAUAUAAAGUCGCGCGUCGUGCCAAGAAGCGUCAUCCACCGAGAAAAUGCUUCGCACCGGGUUCUUGGCUCUCUCGCUCGCCAGUGUGGCGCUGGCGCAGGCUCCUAUCUAUGGCCAGUGCGGAGGUGGGCCGACGUACACCGGACCGACCACGUGUGUGGCUGGUUCUGCGUGCGUUUUCUCGAAUCCCUUCUACUCGCAGUGUAUCCCGGGUGCUGCUGGAACGACCACAGCACCGCCUACGCCUCCUACCAGCGCACCGGGGUCGUCCACGACCGCGGUCAGUACGACUGUAGCGGCGCUGCCGCCCAUCACUACCGGGUUCGUCAAGACCUCGGGGACACGCUUCACGUUGAACGGCAAGCCUUACACGGUUGCUGGAACCAACGCGUACUGGAUGACGCUGUUCGGAUAUGGCUCCGCUGAUCUGAACACGGCGAUGAACGAUAUCGUGAACAGUGGCUCUACCACAUUCAGGACGUGGGGAUUCAACGAGGUGACGUCCCCGAGCGGAAUCUACUUCAACUUGUGGAACGGAGCCACUGCAACGGUCAACACUGGCGCGAACGGUCUUGCCUAUCUCGACGGUGUGAUUGCGCUGGCCAAGUCCAAGGGCCUGCACAUGAUCAUUGCGCUGACGAACAACUGGGGCGACUACGGAGGAAUGGAAGUCUACACCAAGCAGAUCCUCGGCUCCGGCCAGCCCCAUGACGCGUUCUACACCAACCCGACUGUGAUCGCCGCAUUCAAGAGCUACGUGAAGACUGUUGUCACGCGUUACGCCAACGAGCCCACGAUUAUGGCCUGGGAACUGAGCAAGUGUGGAGGAACAUCGGCCGCUUCGGCUGCUUGCAACAACACGGUUAUCACCGCUUGGGCGUCGAACAUUUCUGCGUACAUCAAGACCCUCGACACUAAUCAUCUCGUGGCAAUCGGCGACGAGGGCUUCAUCAACCAACCCGGCAACUUCGAUUACCCGUACAGCGGCGGCAUCGGCAUCGACUUCAACGCAAACUUGCAGAUCAAGACGCUCGAUUUCGGAACAUUGCACAUGUACCCGAACAGCUGGGGCGAGUCAGCUAACGCCGAGGCGUGGGGCGUCCAAUGGAUUAAAGACCACGCGACGAUGAUGACAGCAGCGAACAAGCCCGUUAUCCUCGAAGAGUUCGGUGUCACUUCGUCGCCCACGCGGCCUACGAUCUAUACCGACUGGUACAACACCGUCGUGAGCAGCGGCCUGACUGGUGUGCUCGUCUGGCAGGCAGGAUCCCAACUCAGCGGUGGCCCCACCCCUGACGAUGGCAACAUGAUCUUCCCCACGGACCCCGUCUACAAACUGAUGCAGCAAAACGCCGCAGCCCUCAAGGCAAGAGGUUGA